AUGCUGGUACACGGACGGUGCGAAGGCAAAUUAGCAAAACCCUGUGGCCGGGCAAUGCGGGACCAGCUAAAAGACCGCCAUGCGUGUUCACCUUUUGCUUCAGCAAUCCAGCUGCCAGAAUCCAGCCUCAAGAUCCACCUCCAGCAACAUGAAAUAGACACACACAAGCUGUGCAGAUUCUCAGCGCUGCUCUCUUUUUCCGGAGUUCCCGGCUCUGGUCCGGGCUGGAUGGCCCUCCUCCCGACUCUGGGGCGCCCCCUGCUGGCCCUCAAGUGCAUCGCCCGGCUGUCUGACCCAACGUCCAGGGUGGCAGAGACGGCCCUGCGGGACUUGGCUCAGGUGCCUGAAGUCAGUACUGUUCAAGUGGAACUUUCUAUUCCUUUCGGCUUUUAG